AGUCAAUUAACAAACCUGUUGGGCAUUUCCUGGUACUUACUUGGCAGAAGAAAAAAUCGCCCUCCUCAACCCAGCCCACUCUAAGAGUCUGCGCCCUAGGCUCACUCAGGCCAUAGCAAACCGGCCUUGAUCGCGUCUUCUCUUCCGCAAAUGACAGCCACACACCCACGCCGACACUUACCGCUACUGCUACGACUGCAGCCCCAUUAUCCGUACUUUGACAGUGACACCAGUGGAAACAGCGCCUCAUCCCGCACUUCGCCUUUCUUUUACACACAUCCAUCCGUCGACAGAGCACAUUGAGCUACUGCUCUAUUGAUCUCCCGCCGCCGCCGCCGCCGCCGCCGCCGUUGACCCUCGCUCUGCGGACCCGCCCAUCUCUCCGCACACCUUGCCCUCAACCUUCCCGACCGACGACGUGCCCGGCACAAGCCCACCGGCUCGACGACGAACCCCCUAAGCAGUCUUUACCACUGUCAAAUCUCGGUCUUGUCGAUUUAAAGCCGAAGGGGAGGUGUAAUUCUGGGCAUAACAAGGCCAUAGUGGCCGGCGGCACUGGUGUCGGGCACUGGCAUCGAUCGACCUGACGGCAAGGCGGCCCAGAUGCCAUGCCCGUCAGCGGACCAGUCAGCCAUGCUUUAGCCAGCAGGCAGUGACAACUGGUUCUCGGAUCGCUAUAUCCAACCCGUCCUUCGCCUUGCUCCAGCUUUUUGGGCUCUACUCGUUCAUCGGUCGAGUCGCCUCAUGUUAUCUCGGAGCUCUUUCUCUUCCGCAUUGCAUAACUCAUGUUGCCUCUAGUACAGAUGCACCGUAUGGUGCAACAACCGCCAAACUUCGAACCUCUCUUAACACUUCAGCAACAGCAACAGCAACAGCAACAGCAACAGCAACAGCAAAAUCAUCUGCAAUACCAACAGAACCAUUACCACCUCCAUCCAGCCGACGCCUAUCCUCAUGACCAUCACCUACACUGCUUGCCCGCCGAGCCCGCGAAUCCCGUGUACCCCGAAGGCAAAGCUCCGAUUUCGAUCCGUACUUCAUACCCGAGUCAACCGUUCCAUCAGCAAGCCGCAACUGCUGCUGUCCAGUCUCACAUUUCCGACGGGCCCGAGCACCAGUUGCGACGCAAGACGCCGAACGGCACCAUUGACGCGGGCUAUGAUGGCUCUCCCACCCACUUCGCCUCGGGGCCACCACCCCUAAAGCAGAUGAUAUUGUCCACCGCACCAACCCACAGCGCGAAUCGCCAUCCCAGGCUGGCACAGGCAGCUCACACACGCGUUCCCUUGAGUGCCGUACGGAAUCGGAUGAGUGAAGGAUUCGACAUGGUGCCUCCAGCCCAGCAGCCAUGGGCAGUAGGGCAGGAAAUGCCACGUCAGUUAUUCCUUACCGGUAAUUCUUCUGGACCUUAUGCUACCUCGGAUGCUUCACGAUAUGGAUUCAAUACGCCGGAUAAUUCUGCGUUCCUCGGGUCUCCUCCCCAGCUCCGCCUAGGGCCUGGGGCGUUUAGUGCGGAAUCUCACUUUCCCGGGACCUUUCCUGCGGAUGAUGCCGGCGCCAUCGCACCUGAACUUUUGCAGUCUGUAAACCCUUGGUUCCCUGCGUAUCAGCGGGGGCAGAGUUAUGUUGGUCCGCCAAUGCAUCAUACACCGUCGCCAUCACCGUCAAUGUACGAUCAUCGCUUCUCUAAUUUGCGGAAUCAGAUGCUCGGGCCAUCAUCUGGCUUCACCCCACCGGAUCCCUACACUCGCCUUGGGACGUACGGUUCAUUCCUUCCACAGCAGGCGCAAUUCAAUCUAGAGGCUCUUACUCUAGAAUCGUAUCAAGUCGAUGGGACCGGCGGUGUACCUAACAAGCUAAGCCCGUCAGGAGGAUUCAGAGAAAAAGUACUUACUCAAGCACAUCGGAGUUACGUCGAUUUGCUGUCGUAUCUUCAUUAUGGUCGCAGAACCCAACAGCUCAGGCCUGGCUCGGUCUUGAGCACUACGUCAAGAAUGGUGGUGUAUCCCAAACCGCCUAAACAGCCAAUUGUCACUUUGGCCCCAGACCUUUUCUUUCCCGGAGACGCCGGCAUGGUAGCCAACGCUAAUCUGAGAAGCAAUCAUGUAAACAUGCUGUUUGGGCCUUUGGGAAACAGAACCUCACUCUCAGCUCAGCCAUUCGGAUGGGAUCCCGAUGUUGCGGAGUUCAGGUUUGGCGCCUUUCCUGUCGUUUGCUCAAGUGGCUCGUCCCCCAGUCAUCUUGCGAGGGGCUCACCUCUUGCCAAUGCCAAGAGCUCGUUGGAAAUCCUAAGCCACCUAUGUGAACAAAGUGGCUGGAAGUGGAUUGACGGCAUCCUACUUGGAGGCUGCCUGCAUUAUGGCUUGGAGCACUUCGAGGAGGCCCUUGAGUGGUUUACCCGAAUUACUUCAUUAGAACCCUGUAACGUGGAAGCUGUUUCCAACAUGGCAGCCACCCUCUAUUGCCUCAACAGACAAGAUGAGGCCGAAAAAUGCUGGCUCACGGCCAUCAAAACUCGACCUCAAUAUCUUGAAGCAGUAGAGCAUUUAGUUGGUCUCCUUUAUAAGAAGAAAAGUUCUGAUGCCGUCGAGGUUAUCAGCUUCAUGCAGAAGGCUUUGCGGCUGUCAGUGGAUCCAGUGGAGCACGUUGGAUACAGCUCUUCUACCUUGCAAGCAGACACACCGACCGACCUGGCGUCGAACUUGUUGAAUGACAACCGGUCUCAGCCUGGAUUCGGCUCGAGCGGUUACGCCAUUCCGGGCACCGAAAACGGUCGCAUCCUCGCCCUUGUCCAUGCCAAGGGAACCAUGCUAUACAGCCUGAAAGACAUCGCAGGAGCAUCUAAAGCCUUCGAAGAAGCCGUGUUGAUAAGCACAGGCAGACGAACGACGUCAGUCCAGACCCUAGUCCAGCAUAUUCAACAGGUCCUCGCGCCGAAUAGCGGUACCCAGGGCGCCACUGACCCAGCAACACCGGCUCGCCCUUUGUUACUCGCUCCCGAGAAGGCGAGGCGCACUGCGAAACUGGUCUUCUCCAAUAACGGCGACCUCCCGGGCCUGCGAUUUGUGCCCGAGGGCGGUCCCAAAAGGGCCGCGGUCCAAACAACGAGCAACUCGCUGCUGUCGCUUGCCAAGAUCUUCCAGGAUGCCAUGUCGUCAGGGCCCCUGGCCACAGGCGUUGCCAGGAAGUCGGCCGGUGUUGGCGAUAUCCUGUGUCUCUAUUAUUUGUCGUUGUCCUUGCAGGAAAGCCCGUCUACAGCCAACAAUGUGGGAAUCCUUCUCGCCAGCGUCCAGCAACCCGCGACCGCCAACUCAUCUGGGAUGUCAUCGUCCCUGCCCAACAUUCCCGGCAUCCUGCCUGGCAGCGGCCUUGCUCUGGCCCUUGCGUACUACAACUAUGGUCUCACACUCGAUCCCAAGCAUGUUCAUCUACACACGAAUCUGGGCAGUCUUCUCAAGGAUAUCGGACAGUUGGAUCUUGCGAUUCAAAUGUACGAGCAGGCUGUGCAGUGCGAUGGCAACUUCGACAUUGCUUUGACAAAUCUCGCCAAUGCCGUGAAAGAUCGUGGACGUAUCAGCGACGCCAUUGCAUACUACAAACGGGCCGUUCGCUCCAAUCCCGAAUUUGCCGAAGCAGUAUGUGGGCUUUCCACGGCCUUGAAUUCAGUGUGCGACUGGAGGGGCCGCGGUGGUGCGUUGUUGCAGGGAGGCGUUUACGAUCGCUGGCAUGUCGGCGAUGACGGCAUGAUAUUUGAUGCUACAAAACAUGAUCAGGGGUCCGGUCUCACAAAAAAGGUUACUGACAUUGUGUCUCGCCAGCUCGCUGAUGCAUCGACCUGGGGAUUGGGAGUACUGCAAAAGAGUUACAUUGCGGUUUUGGCUGCACAACUUCGCAGAGCCGCCGGGCAGUCGGAGAACGCCGGCACUGACUUUGAUCUUAAGUUACAAAGCUGGUCCCAGACCCCCUGGGAAGGAUCGCGCUUGUUGAGACUUGUGGAGCGGGCUACGCGGGCGUCAAUGAGGCAGUGGUACUGUGACAAGUACGUUCGUGGAUUGAAGACGACGUCCGAGUACGAACGGCCUCAGCUGCCGUCAAACCUCACGGUGCCGUCUGCCCCAACUGUUCUGCCUUUUCACACCUUCACGUGUCCUCUGACGGCCAAGGACAUACGCAUGAUAUCGCAGCGCAAUGCUUUUAGAAUUUCUUGCUCAACUCUCCGCUCUGCGUGGCUGCCCAGUACGGUCUAUCCGCCACCCCCGCCGCCGUCGCCCUGUUUAAAUGUUGGCUAUGUGUCCUCGGAUUUCAACAACCACCCCUUGGCUCACCUGAUGCAGUCUGUUUUUGGAUUUCAUGACAGGACUCGUAUUAUGGCAUUCUGCUAUGCCACAACAGCUAGCGACAAAUCAGUUCAUCGAUUGCAAAUCGAGCGAGAGGCACCAGUGUUCCGCGACGCAAGCACUUGGACUUCGGACAAGCUGGUUGAACAAAUUGUGCAAGACAACAUUCACAUUCUUGUCAACCUCAACGGCUACACUAGGGGUGCUCGAAACGAAAUCUUCGCUGCGAGACCGGCCCCGAUUCAGAUGUCUUUUAUGGGAUUUGCCGGUACUCUGGGCGCCGAAUGGUGUGACUAUUUGCUUGCCGACACCACUGCCAUCCCGCCGGAGACUUUGCGACCUUGGCGCGGCAACCUCGCCGUCAGUGAUGUGUUUGAGGACAAGACUGAAGAAGGUGAAGGAGACUGGAUAUACUCCGAGAACAUCAUCUACUGUAAAGAUACGUUCUUCUGCUGUGAUCACGCACAAUCAAGCGACCCCGACGAGCACAAGGUUUCGUGGCAAGAUGAGCAGCAACGGCGUUGGAGGAUGCGCAAAGAGCUGUUUCCCGACUUGCCCGACGAUACUAUCAUUAUGGGAAAUUUCAAUCAGCUGUACAAGAUUGAUCCCACAACGUUUCGCACGUGGCUGCGCAUCCUUUCAAAGGUGGACAAGUCCAUUCUGUGGCUGUUGAGAUUUCCUGAGCUUGGAGAGACCAACCUUAGGAGAACAGCCAAAGCCUGGGCAGGAGAAGAGGUUGCCAGACGAAUCAUCUUUACCGACGUGGCGCCUAAGAACCAGCAUAUAUCGCGAGCCCGGGUCUGCGACCUGUUCCUCGACACCCCCGAAUGCAACGCACACACCACGGCCGCGGAUAUUUUAUGGUCCAGCACUCCACUUCUGACCCUACCUCGAUAUCCCUACAAGAUGUGCUCUCGCAUGGCAGCAUCCAUAUUAAAGGGCGCAUUGCCUAAUGACGCCGAGGGGUUGAGGGCAGCAAAAGAUCUCAUCGCUGGCAGCGAAGACGAGUACGAAGAGUUCGCUGUCCGCCUGGCCAAGGGCCUGUCAUACUGCAUUAGCCCGGGCGGCUAUGGAGAGGGCCAUGGUCGUCUAGCAACCUUGCGAAAGUUGCUCUGGGAUAGCAAGUGGACUUGCGCCCUUUUCAACACCAGACGUUGGGUGGCUGACUUGGAAAGCGCUUAUAACGAGGCUUGGCGACGCUGGGUGGCAGGUGAGGAUGGAGACAUUUACUUGUAGAAGCUCCAGCCAGAGCUGCACCAUGACCACCGGAUGCGGCGGUGUUGGCAUCUCCUCGGUCCUGGGACGGAGCGCUCGUGCCUAGUGCUUCUAUUUUUUUCUGUUCAAAGGCAGUGACCAGUUCAUCUCUGGAGAGUUGCAUAGAAUCCUUUCGGCUCGCUCUGCUGCGAGCUUUGAUGGAGUUGAUGCAACGCAGUGGAUACUGGUGGCAGUAAGCAACGUUUGCUCGUCGUGGCUGGCUUGGAUACUGGUCAACCUUCAUACAUUGGCAGUGUGAGUUUGGCCCAAGCAUGGUCAUGGCUGGGAUAGACGCCAUUCAAGAAUGGCUACAGCCGGCCGAUGGAGCUGGCUUCUUACUGCUUAUUCGGAGAAAACCAAAGGGUAGUUCCCAUUCAUUUCAGGCGGCGCGAUCUGGCGUUUAAGGGGGAGCUCGUUUCAAUAACGGACGACGAUGUACAUAAAUAAUACCCGGCGCCUCUUUCCUCGCUGAUGCGAGACGUGAGGCCCUUGCGAUUCAUUUUUAGUUUUGUUUUAUUCUGCUUGCUUUGCUUCAAUCCGUCACGAACACUACCAAAACUUAUAGAGGCUGGCUAAGGGCAGGUCUAACUCCUCAUCUUUCAGACUUAUGCGUCCUCUGCCCACCCUCGCGACCCCGGAAAUUCGAUGUUGCUCCCUUGUUGCAUUCGGGGUAGAGUGUAACAAGCAAUGAGCCUCUGUUGUGCGUACACAAAAAUCGCUUAGUAGAUAUCAUACCGCUGAUCUGAGGGACAAGGAAGGAGUCCAGUCGAAGACGGAUGACAACAACCAGACUGCUGGAGAGGGGGUUCCAUUGCAAUUGGCAACAGAAAC